AUGCCUCCGACGCUUCACGGCACUACAGAGCAAGAGAGAAGCGCAAUGGAAAAGGCCUUGAUUAGAAAGCUUGACCUUCGGCUUAUGCCUAUGCUGGUCUUGAUUUAUAUCAUGAAUUAUUUAGACAGAAAUGCGAUCGCAGCAGCCAAGUUAAGCGGUAUCACGCAGGAACUCAAUCUGACGUCUGUUCAGUUUCAGACCUGUAUUAGUAUUCUAUUUGUGGGUUAUAUUCUCAUGCAAGUACCUUCAAAUCUAUUCUUGAACAAAAUUGGAAAGCCUGCAUUUUAUCUUCCAACAUGCAUGAUAAUAUGGGGGAUUUUAUGCGGAGUGAGUGGUGCAGUUCAAAACUACGGUGGCCUGUACUGGUCCAGAUUCAUCCUUGGUUUUGUUGAAGCAGCAUACUUUCCAGGCUGCAUGGUAACAUUGAGUGCGUGGUAUACUCGGGAAGAACUUUCCUUGCGCACCGCCAUUCUCUACUGCGGCUCUCUUCUCGCCGGUGCAUUCUCUGGGCUUAUUGCUGCCGGUAUUAAUGAUGGCAUGGAUGGAGUGAAAGGGCUUCUCGCAUGGAGAUGGAUCUUCAUAAUCAAAGGAUCAAUCACGGUGGUUAUUGACUUUACUGCUUACUUUGUUUUACCCAAUUUCCCCCACAAUACAAGGGGCAUAUCCGCGCAACAAAAAGAGCUCGCAAUUUGGCGGCUGGCAAAAGAGACCGGACAGGAAGAAUGGGACUCUGCAGAGGAUACAAGCUUAAUCAACGGCUUGAAAGACUGUGUAGUCGAUUGGAAGACCUGGCUGCUUGUGAUUCUCAACUUUGGUGCCGUUUCUAGCGGCACAAUCAACAACUUCUUUCCCACUGUGGUUGGGAGCCUUGGAAAGGAUCGGAUCCAUACGCUCCUCCUCACGGUACCGCCGUAUAUACUCUCCUGCAUCGUCGCUAUGGCUGUUUCCCGAAAUGCGGACCGAACUGGAGAGCGAUAUCUUCAUUUCACCCUGCCCUUGUGGAUCUCUAUCGCGGGCUUCAUCAUCUCAGCAGCUACUACGAGCAUCGGGGCGAGGUAUUUUGCGAUGAUGAUCAUGCUGCCAGGGGUGUAUACAGCGUUCAUCAUUGGUAUCGCCUGGGUCUCCAAUACUAUCCCGAAGCCAUCGGCAAAAAAAGCUGCUGCUAUUGCCUUGGUAAAUGCGAUUGCUAAUUGCUCGUCUAUAUACACCCCCUAUCUCUAUCCAGACAGCGAUGCUCCUCGUUUUAUUCUGGCUAUGAGUGUAAACGCAGGUACUUCGUUGCUCUCGAUAUUUACCGCGACUGCUUUUCGACUCCUUCUGCAGAGACUUAACAAGCAGCUCGAGAGAAGAGAUGUUGAAGAGGGAACUGUUGGCGGCUUCCGCUAUCUCUUAUAG